AUGGAGACGAUGGCGGCGGAGCAGGUGGAGGCGCAGGUGGAGCGUCUGCUGGGCGGCCUCGGCUGCGAGGUGGCGCCGUGCGACGUCGGCCUGGAGCAGAGCAAGCCGGCGUCGCUCGGGAACAACGUCACCUACAUCGUGUGCGCCGUCAUCUUCAACGACACGGAGGAGAUUCUGAUGGUCCAGGAGGCCAAGCAGGACUGCUACAAGAAGUGGUACCUGCCGGCGGGGAGGGUGGAGGUCGGCGAGAGUCUUCAAGAGGCGCUGCGGAGAGAGGUGAAGGAGGAAGCGGGCUUUGAGUGCCGGCCAAUCACCUUGCUGCUGAUCCAGGAGCAGGGACCUCAGUGGAUCCGCUUUAUCUUCCUGGCCGAGAUCACGGGUGGGAGCAUCAAGACUUUGCUGUCGGCGGAUCGGGACUCUCUCCAGGCCACCUGGUGGGACCGACGUGCCCCUCUCCCGCUGAGGGGCCGGGACAUCCUGCGACUCAUCGACUUGGGGCUCAAGUACCGCCGCGACGCCUGGCAUCCCGUCACUCUGCCUCUGGACACCGGCUGCCGCCACGUGGUCCAGAGGCUGGUGCUGAUCUUCAGCGCUGACUCCAACGUCUGGCUCCUGCUGGUCAAAGGCCCCCGGCCCCACCUCCCCACGGCGGCGGCCUUGAAGACUCACGCCGUCACGUGGGCGGCCGACACGGUGGCGCGGGACGCCGUGCCGUCGGCGUACUACGAGCACAACGUCAACACGCUAGGCGUGUUGAGCCUGCAGCAUGACGGACGGCAACACGGAAAGACGGACGGCGUGUGCUUCGACACGCUGGUGGCCCUGCAGCCCGACGGCGUGGCGCGCCGGGAGGACGGCACCGGGAUCCCGCCGGCGCCGCCUGUUCGGGGGCCGCCGCCCGUGGAGAACCCGCGCUACGUCUGGCACCGGGUCCUGUCGCCCGGGCUCAGGGACAAAUUGCUGGAGAAGAGCGCCACGGCCGCCAUUCUGCCCAUGCACAGCCUUUACUGAUGACCGCCAGUCGCCACGUGAAGGCCGCCGUCCGGCGCCAAAGCUGAUGUCCCUGAUAAAUGUCCACUUGACGUCUCUGCAUGUUUCAAGCACAAUUCAUUCCAAUCAAUACAGCAAGUCAAUACAGCAACUUUGCAUGUUCACAGACAAAAAUGUGAAGACAGUCUUGGGAAAUUGUGUGUGUGCGUGCGUGCAAGCUUUGUGAUCACGUUUCCUCGCUUGUCUUCUUGCUCACGUUGAGGGGAAAAGUGUGUUGUUCAACUUUUACAAUGACUAAACUUUGUCUCGAACAACGAA